GGUAAAUAUGUCACUUAAAGUGAAAUAAUAAUUAAAUAUCUACAAUUCAUACACAAUUAUACCCAAUUUCUACAAUAGCUUAGUUCCAAAUGUCCAGCAAGAAAAGCACCCAAUACUGGCGUAACAAACACCAUAAUAGCAGACGCAAACCCUCAAUUUCAUCAAGGAAAAAAUGCAAUUGUCUUAAGAAACACCAUACGACCCAAUCCCUAGUGUUCCCAUCCAUAUGGAAAAAACUACGAGAGAAUAAUCAGCUUUGCGACGGAAAAGUCCAAUGCGAAGACGGUGUAGUGUUCAAUAUACAUCGUAUUAUUCUGUCUGCAGUAAGUCCGUAUUUCCGAGCCCUUUUUACCAAUUCAAACAACAGGGGAUGCCCGGAAAUAAAAGAUGCGAACGUGCAGAUUUCCAGUGGCGCGUUUAAAGUCAUUAUCGAUUACGCGUACACUGGAAAUUGUGUUAUUAACAAAUCCAACGUUUUUGAAGUAUUAAAGUACGCGGAUCGAUAUGAAAUACUCGAUGUGGUGGAAAAUUGCUGCGAAUUCCUCGUGGAUCAUCUUGAUCCGAAUAAUUGCUUGCAAGUCUUAAAGUUUGCCAUGGAAUUUGGACAUUGUCAUCUAAUUCAGCAAGUUAAAAUUUACUUGCACCAGCAUUUUCCAAAUAUAUUUAAAGAUAACGAGGAGUUUUGCAACUUGUCUUUUUAUCAUCUUAAGCAAAUCCUCUCUGAUGAUUGCUUGAAUGUUAAAUCGGAAGAAAUAGUCUUUGAGGCCAUUAAGACGUGGGUCAGUUCAGCACUGUGCAAUCGUAAAAAGUAUUUACCGGAGUUAAUUAAAUGUGUUAGGUUAGGACAUCUUUCCAAAGAAAAAAUUGCAAAAAUUGCUUACUGGCCAACAAUACAAGCUGAUCCGGCAUCAUCCUUAUAUAUAACUGAUAUAUUAGGCAAAAUUAGUGAUUAUGGUGAUAUCGAUGCUAAGCCACUGAGCAGUUAUCUUUUGCGACCAAGAAUUCCAUAUGACAUACUUUUCGCUAUCGGAGGCUGGAGUGCUGGCAGCCCAACAAGUUUUAUAGAAACAUACGAUAAUAGGGCUGAUAAGUGGUUGGUUUCCAAGGAUACAGAUGUUCUAGCUCGGGCUUAUCAUGGAAUAUGUACCUAUAAUGGUAAAAUCUACAUCAUAGGGGGUUUUGAUGGUAAUGAGUACUUUAACACCGUCAGAUGCUAUGAUCCAGCCACUCACAUUUGGCACGACUGUGCCUGCAUGUACCACUCGCGGUGCUAUGUAAGUGUGGUGCUUUGCAAUAAUAAAGUUUAUGCAAUGGGCGGUUAUAAUGGAAGAAGUCGAAUGAAUUCUGCUGAAAGAUUUGAUCCAAAAGCUAAUUUUUGGGAGGUGAUAACACCUAUGCAAAGGCAAAGAUCCGAUGCCAGUGCUGCUGCUUUACAUGAUAAAGUUUAUAUUGUAGGAGGUUUUAAUGGCCAAGAAGUGAUGAAUUCAGCAGAAAUGUUUGAUCCUUCCACCAACCAAUGGUCAUGUAUUCCCAAAAUGAUAUCAGCCAGAUCUGGCGUGAGUUUACUGGCGUACCAUGAUGCUCUAUAUGCAAUUGGAGGCUUUAAUGGUUACACAAGAUUGGCCUCUACUGAAAAAUAUAUUCCAGACAAGAGUACGACAUGGAUAGAAGUAUCAGGCAUGAUGACUCCCAGAAGCAACUUCGGAACUGUUAUUUUGGACGAUUAUAUUUACGUUAUAGGGGGCUUUAACGGGUCCACCACCAUAAACUACGUGGAAUAUUAUGAUCGCGAAUUAGAUGAAUGGAUGGAUGCAGCAUCGAUGAAUCUUAAUCGCUCGGCACUUUGCGCUUGCGUCAUAAGCGGCCUUCCAAACUCUAAAGACUAUUCGUUCCUGGAUCGUAGCCAGAAGCAGCAAAACGAAGAUGUCAAAGGGAAUUGCAAAGUUUAAUAAUUUAGUCAGUUUUUGGGAAAUGUAGUUGGUAUAAAUAUGUUUUACACGAUAAUAAAGAGCAUAUUUAAUAUGAAAAA